AUGUUGUGGCGAACGGGCCUCAUCUGCUUUGUUUCAGCGCAGAUUGCAGCAAUAUAUGGCUUGCAGUUGGAGCUGGAGCCCGAGCAGUCAGAACUAACCACGUCGUUGAUGAAAAAAGUGGAACUGUUUCUGCCAAUGUGGAACGGAGACACGGAUGACUACAUCAGGUAUUUCGACCGGACGUCAAAACUGUUUUGGCCAGCUGCCAAGAUUCUGGUUCUGAUGGACAAAGAGAAGGAAGAGGACCACAAGGUCGCAGACCGACUUCUGGCAGAAAGCGCCACGCGUCGGACAUCAGCGAAGGCACGGAGUUUCCGCGUCGAGUUCAACGAAGACACGCCUGGCAUGUGGGGGCACGACCGCCAGCAGCUUCGUAUGUUUGAGGCAGACGUUUAUACAGACAGUGAGUACAUUGGCUUUGUGGACACGGACGCGGUGUUUACCACGCCAGUCGUAGAAGAAACUCUGUUCGAGGAUGGCAAGCCGGUGGGGUGGCGGAUCAUCGGAAGGAUCGGGAAGUACGACGGCGACCCAGGGAAGUUCUGGAGCGUGGCGCCGCUGGCCACCGAGUGGGCCACGGGAACGAAGGAGAUCAUGCGGUGUAUGGAUUAUUUUCCGGUUGUAGUGAAGCGUCAGCACAUCAUCGAGAUGCGCGAGUGGUUUUCGCAGAAGCACGGCAAGUCGUUCUCGAAGUUCUUCAACCAGCUGAAGACGUCCACUACUCCUGGGGUGAAGCAUCGCCCCUAUUCUCAGUUCAAUAUGAUGUGCCAGUGGCUUUACCAUAACAAGCAUGACGACUAUGUUUGGCAUCUUCACCAAACGGAUCCAGAGUGGUCGAGACAUCAUCACGUGGAAGGUCAGGUUGACGAGAAGGAUCUCCAGGCCAUUUUGGCAGCUGAGAACACGAAGCCUCUGGUUCGAGUGGCGCAGCAUGCCCACUACGACAACAUCGCGUCCGACUAUGACCUAGCCAAGACCAUGGCCCCUGGGGUAUGUAACAGCGUAGAUGCUGCAAGUCGACCGUCUUGGUGUAAUUUCGACGGUGAGCUGCAAGAAGGACUCUUUGUUUUUGAAGGAGCUUCUUGGUUGUGGGAUAAAGAGGGAUGCAUGGCAGCGCAGAGCUCCCAUUAUGAGCGCGUGAAGGAGCACAAAGUCUCGUUCAAUACGCCUGACCAGCAACAAAUCUUGCAAUGGAUCGGCGAGACUCUCAAAGCGGGUCCAAAUGCCAACCCGAACGCUGGUACUGAUAAUGAGCGGCACUACUAA